ACAGAUUGUGUGGUGAUGAGAGACCCCCAAACAAACCGUUCCAGGGGCUUUGGUUUUGUGACUUACUCUUGGGUUGAAGAGGUGGAUGCAGCAAUGUGUGCUCGACCACACAAGGUUGAUGGGCGUGUAGUGGAACCAAAGAGAGCUGUUUCUAGAGAGGAUUCUGUAAAGCCUGGUGCCCAUCUCACAGUGAAGAAAAUUUUUGUUGGUGGUAUUAAAGAAGAUACAGAAGAAUGUAAUUUGAGAGACUACUUUGAAAAGUAUGGCAAGAUUGAAACCAUAGAAGUUAUGGAAGACAGGCAGAGUGGAAAAAAGAGAGGAUUUGCUUUUGUAACUUUUGAUGAUCAUGAUACCGUUGAUAAAAUUGUUGUUCAGAAAUACCACACUAUUAAUGGGCAUCAUUGUGAAGUGAAAAAGGCCCUUUCUAAACAAGAAAUGCAAUCUGCUGGAUCACAGAGAGGUCGUGGAGGUGGAUCUGGCAACUUUAUGGGUCGUGGAGGAAACUUUGGAGGUGGUGGAGGUAACUUUGGCCGUGGUGGAAACUUUGGUGGAAGAGGAGGCUAUGGUGGUGGAGGUGGUGGCAGCAGAGGUAGUUAUGGAGGAGGUGAUGGUGGAUAUAACGGAUUUGGAGGCGACGGUGGUAACUAUGGUGGUGGUCCUGGUUACAGUAGUAGAGGAGGCUAUGGUGGUGGUGGACCAGGAUAUGGAAACCAAGAUGGUGGAUAUGGUGGCGGUGGUGGAGGAUAUGAUGGUUACAAUGAAGGAGGAAAUUUUGGAGGUAACUAUGGUGGUGGUGGGAGCUAUAAUGAUUUUGGAAAUUAUAGUGGCCAACAGCAAUCAAAUUAUGGACCCAUGAAGGGAGGCAGUUUUGGUGGAAGAAGCUCGGGAAGUCCCUAUGGUGGUGGUUAUGGAUCUGGUGGUGGAAGUGGUGGCUAUGGUAGCAGAAGGUUCUCAAAACUCAGAAGAAAAGGGCUACAGUUCUUAGCAGGAGAGAGAGCGAGGAGUUGUCAGGAAAGCUGCAGGUUACUUUGAGACAGUCGUCCCAAAUGCAUUAGAGGAACUGUAAAAAUCUGCCACAGAAGGAACGAUGAUCCAUAGUCAGAAAAGUUACUGCAGCUUAAACAGGAAACCUUUCUUGUUCAGGACUGUCCUAGCCACAGUUUGCAAAAAGUGCAGCUAUUGAUUAAUGCAAUGUAGUGUCAAUUAGAUGUACAUUCCUGAGGUCUUUUAUCUGUUGUAGCUUUGUCUUUUUCUUUUCAUUACAUCAGGUAUAUUGCCCUGUAAAUUGUGGUAGUGGUACCAGGAAUAAAAAAUUAAGGAAUUUUUAACUUUUCAAUAUUUGUGUAGUUCAGUUUUUCUACAUUUUAGUACAGAAACUUUAACAAAAUGCAGUUUUGAAGGUGUUUCCUUGUGAG